UGCCAUUGACAGUAUUGAAUGUUUUUGUUUGUUUCCUGAAACAUCAUUCUAACGGCGUGUAUAACAUGUCGACCAUACCACCAACUGUGAAUGAUCAACCGGUGGGAGUUGAGGAGCUAGAGAGUCGAAUAAGAUGUCAAUCUCAUAAUCCACCCAACGACACAGAAAGGAAAACGUUCCAGGAUGACCCCAGAGGCAGACCACUUGGAUCUAGGUGGCAAGGCCCUCCUGGUGACCCCAGGACUUGGUGGUCAUGCCCCUCUGGUGAUCCCGGAACCAGGUCCCACCCAGUUGCUGACCCCAGAGCCAGGUUAUGCCGCUCCAGAGACCCCAGGGCCAGACCACUCCCAGCCGGUGACCCUACAGCAAGGUGGCCAAGCAUUGACAACCUCACGACCAGACCUCAGGUGGACGACUGCAAGCGGAUGGGGACCCUGUUUGGGCAGCUGAACAAGUGCCUGCGUAGUGCAGGCUUCACCCAGAUGUACUUUGGGGAGAAGAUUGUGGAGCCUGUGAUCAUCAUCUUUUUCUGGGUCCUACUGUGGUUCCUGGGCAUCCAAGCUCUGGGGCUGGUGGGGACUCUGUGCAUUGUCAUCAUCUUCAUUCAGAAGUAACUGGAUCUCCGGCCUGUUUGAUUGGCAGUUGGGAGCUCCGGUGUCUAAAAAUGAAAAACAUGUGAACCUACAGCGCGAAUCCCUCACUGUCUUUUCUUUUUGCAAUAAGGCUUCCUAGAUUUGUUGAGCAUUUCUCGAUGCUCAGCUUCAUACCGGCCAAUGUACACUAUAUGGAUGAACAUUUGAGUGCUGACGAAUAAAAUGGAGGCCUUGUGCCUAACUACCGGUUGCCUGGUUUCAAGCUUUUAAAACAAAUCUAACUCAAAAUCAGACCACUUCGCUCACUAGCUGUACCCCAAUACUCAAAGGCGAUGUCUCAUCUUACGUGUGAGUACUGAUUUGAAAGAACUGGAUCAAUGAAAGCAAUAUGUCUCAUAGCUUAAAGGUAGAGUCAGCGAAAUGACAUUGCACUAGAAGCGCUGCAGAUAGUGUGAUGAGCAAGAUGCAAAUCACAUACAGUAUCUGCGCAUGUACACGGUUUCGCGUCGAGAUCUUACAAUAUGGUAGCCACUGGACAAAAACAGCAAACUUUAGCCUCACGCUCCAACUCUUAGUUGUUGCGGAAAUUGACCCUCUAUACUGUUUACUUUGUUUAUCUACAUCAUAUAGCUGACUCUGCCUUUAACUAGUUUUUGUCUCACAGAUUAACUGGUAUCUAUCAUUUUCAAGUGUUAUGAGAAUUUGAUCAUGAGUGAUAGCAAUCAAGGAAAGAAAGUCUGUCAGGAGCAUUUUGAUGCAGAUUGCUUCAAGUAGCAUUUCUAAAGGUGCAAUCUGUAAAAGGAUAUCUAUGGUGUUCAGGGAAUUAUAUUAUGUGUGGGGGGAAAUUAACCUGUAGCCUUAGAAUAUGGUCUUUCUAUGAGAUUUACACAUCAGCAGCUCAUAAUAAUUUCUAUGAUACAGUAUAUUUGUAGUGAGAGCAACAUUACUUACCUCCACAUUUGAUGUUACAUGCCAUUUCGUUAUAAACAUUGGAAUGAAGUAAAAGGUCCUUUAGUCGUUAACAAUUAUUUUUUUUAAAUCAACAGGUCUUUUGCUGCUGCAUUAGUUUUAAUUACCAAUGACCAUCAGGACAUCUUACAGAUUGCACCUUUUUAAGGUUAAUCGGGAGCAACAUUCUAACACCUGCAUGCCUCAAAAGGACAAAGCGUUCAGUCCAAAUACUUAAAAGACACACCCUGUCCCCCUCGGCCCUCAAAUUAAGUGGACACUUCUGAUGACGUUAUCAUGACGUCUGACGAGUAUACACUUGCAGGGCGAAGGAGGAAGGAAUGAUUUUUAAAUGGACCAGCCUUGGCCGGAAAUUCUUUACUCCUUCGUGCCACGAUGAUUGUGUUUUCAGCCACUGGUGGCUUGUCGGUGCUUUAUAUGCACUACAUUCAAUUAUGAGUGCAUGUCUACUUAUAUUAAAUAUAUAAUUAUUAAUAUACGCCUACUGUAUAAUAGCUAGCAAAUUAAUUAGCUAACUAACGUUAGCCUGCCUAGCUGGAACUUCUGAAGGGAAAUGUUUUAUUUCUACAAUUUCCAAAAGAUAACCAAACAAAAAUAUAUUUCGACCACCCGCCAAGAGCGCGACGGGGAUUCCCCCAAGGGCAUACGCCGAGGGUGUGUCAUUUAAGUGUUUGGACUGGAACCCUGGAACACAUAUCACUGACUGGUUUAUUAGGUUCUAUAGUAACUGAAGUUGUCCCCCUACUUUUAAUAUGCAUUCAAACAUCUCCCUUUGACAUGCAUGUAACCUCAAAGUGAAGGAGAAAUGUGUGCUCAUGACAAUCAUGGAUAUUUAACUUGCACAUAUAUCAAGCCUAUCCUUUUGAAUGAGAAUUGUACAGUGCAUUUGAAAGUAUUCAGACCCCUUGACUUUUUCCACCAUUUUGUUACUUUACAGCCUUUUUCUAAAAUUGAUGAGGAUUUGUAUUUAUUUAAUACAUCUACGCACAAUCCCCAUAAUGACAGGUUUAAAAAACAGAAAUGCCUUAUGUAAAUAAGUAUUCAGACCCUUUGCAAUGAGACUUGAAAUUGAGCUCAGGUGCAUCCUGUUUCGAUUGAUCAUCCGUGAGAUGUUUCUACAACUUGAUUGGAGUCCACCUGUGGUGAUUUGGAAAGGCACACACCUGUCUAUAUAAGGUCCUACAGUUGACAGUGCGUGUCAGAGCAAAAACCGAGCCAUGAGGUCGAAAUCGCUUCCAAAGGUGCUUCAUCAAAGUACUGAGUAAAGGGUCUGAAUACUUAUGUAAAUGUGAUAUUUCAGCUUUUUUAAAUUUGCAAACACUUCUAAAAACCUUUUUUUGCUCUGUUAUUAUGGGGUAUUUUGUGUAGAUUGGUGAGGGGGGAAACCGAUUUGCAUGUUAGAGUAAGGCUGUAACAAAAUGUGGAAAAAGUCAUGGGAUCUGAAUACUUUCUGAAUGCACUGUACAUUGUCAGGAAUCAUACCCUUGUUAAUGAGUGGUAUAUCAUUCUGAAAAUCACUCCAAAUGUAACCAGAAGGUGGUGCUGUAAGGCUAACAUACCUUUCUUGAUGGUUUUUCAUUGUCAAUUCAUGUGGGAAAGUCUAUAUCAAAUUGCAAAGUUAAAACUGACUAAAUCACUGCUUUUGUUAGAUAUGGCUACUAUCAUACAGUUUGAAGAUAAUGAGGAUGACUUUUUUCUGUCAUUGGUGUCUAAAUUCAACAUCAAACACAUCAGAAUGGAUGGUGGCUUACAGUAUCUACUUAUACUACUGUAACCCGGUGCACUGCAAAGCAUGCCCAGUGUUCACUGCAUGAGAAUCAUUGUUUAACUUGUGGAGUAUUAGAUAUACAUCACAUAUACUCCUAGGAAAAUAUUCAGCAACACUAUUAGUUGAGUGCAAGAGCCAGGGAUGUAGUCCACACUGGUAAAUUAACGUUGUCCAUAAGUGCUGAUCCAAAGUAGUCUUUGCUACCAAAUAGUUAAGGUUAGGGAAACCUGAUCCUAGAUCUUUGCUGGGGCCAAUCUCUACCAGGAUUCAUCGACUGUAGAAUAAAAGUCAGUUUAUAAUCUUGUGCUGCCAACUAAAAUACCGUAGUCCUUGUGGAAUGAUUUUUGGUGUUUGGCAUGUUCCAUGUUUACAGUGCCUUUGGAAAGUAUUCAAACCCCUUGACCUUUUCCAAAUUCUGUUACGUUACAGCUGUAUUUUAAAAUGUAUUCUUUUUUUAAAUCCUCAGCAAUCUACCCCAUAGUGACAAAAUGAAAACAGGCUUUUAGAAAUUUUACCACAUGUAUUAAUAAUAGAAAACAGAAAUAGCUUAUUUACAUAAGUAUUCAGACCCUUUGCUAUGAGACUCAAAAUUGAGCUCAGGUGCAUCCUGUUUCCAUUGAUCAUCUUUGAGAUGUUUCUACAACUUGAUUGGGGUCCACCUGUGGUACAUUCAAAUGAUUGGACAUGAUUUGGAAAGGCACACAACUGUCUAUAAAGGGUCUCACAAUUGACAGUGCAUGUCACAGCAAAAACCAAGCCAUGAGGAUGAAUGAAUUGUCCGUAGAGCGCCGAGACAGGAUCGUGUCGAGGCACAGAUCUGGGGAAGGGUACCAAAAUAAUUUGGCAUCAUUGAAGUUCUCCAAGAACACAGUGCCCUCCAUCAUUCUGAAAUGGAAGAAGUUUGGAACCAUCAAAACUGUUCCUCGAGCUGGCCGCCUGGCCAAACUGAGCAAUCGGGGGAGAAGGGCCUUGGUCAGGGAGGUGACCAAGAACCUGAUGGUCACUUUGACAGAGCUCUAGAGUUCACCUUUGGUGAUUGUUGUCCUGGAAUGUUCUCCCAUCUCUGCAGCACUCCACCAAUCAGGCCUUUAUGGAAGAGUGGCCAGGCAGAAGCCACUCCUCAGUAAAAGGCACAUGACAGAAUAAGGCUGUAACGUAUCAAAAUGUGGAAAAAGUCAAGGGGUCUGAAUACUUUCCGAAGGUACUGUAUAUGCAAAAAAAAAGUGGAAUGUCUAUUAAUAUUUACAAAGUAGGUUUUUAAGAGUGUUUGGUCACAAAGCAAAGCAAGAUGUGAAUCUGCAAAGGGAGCGAGUGAAUUGAGAGUGAAUUUAUUGGAUUGAGUUGACAUUGCAUCAGAUUCACUGUAGGUCUGUGAUCAGUUUGUUAAAGGGAUGAGUGAUCUUUGUUUACGAAUGAGAAUAUAAUUCUUCUGUUUAUGUUGAAAUGUUGGGUAAGUUACAAGGUGGAUGAUGUUUGAGAAAUUUGUAAUCAAUGUUAAUUUUUUGGGCACUAAUUGUACACUAAGUGUUAAUGUUUUACUACUGUAUGAGUAUGAGGGUCGUUCCACCAAUUGGGUGCCUUUUUGAGUAGUGUAACUUGGUAAAAAGUUAGUUUUGUUUGACCAAAUCUUUACAUUCUGUCAUAAAAAGCACAUGCUAAAAUUAAUAAAAAUGAAUAAAUAUCAUGUUUUCCCAUCUCAA